AAAUUGUCUAGAUGUGGUGCUAAAAUAAUUUCUUCUUCCCACUACAUUGUACUAAGCUUCCGAUUUGAAAAGUGAAAACAAAGAAAAAAGAAGAAAAAAUGCAGCAAAGAAAAUCAGCGUUGGGAAGACCUUCAGGAACCGAUGGUUCUGAUUAUUCCUACCGUAUGGUUGUUGAUUCAAGGUAUCAACUUGUUGCAAAGGGGAAGAAACGUCUCUCUGUCUUAUUUAUCAUUGAGGCUUUGUUUCUGUUAAUAGGAGUGAUAUUUGCAUUUUUACCAGGAAUAAAAGAGGAUACACCAAAUACAGUUGCCAUUUCUUCUGUUAUUGCUAGUGUUGUUUUGUUGAUCAUUGCCGAUAUAGGUAGAAGACGAAGCCGGUCGAGUUUAUUGAGAUUAUAUGCUGUUCUAUCUUCCCUAGCAUUGCUUCUAUUCGCGGCUACUCUUGCUAACCGGUAUUCCCUGCUGAAGGUUAUCCAGUAUUUUAGUAAUCGGGGAACAAGCAGUUUUGAUGCUGAUUUUCCUAGUCUUCAAACUGGUUUGUUGGUAUAUAUACUCACUUUUUCGCUGUUCAAGAUUACUACCAUCAAAGCAGUUGUAUUCCUUCUUUUUAACAUGACGCCUCCCAAGAAAGCCUCUUAGCCUCAUGGUCAUAGAUUUCCUUCCCCACUAAUCUGUACUCCAUCCGUUUCAAAAUAUAAGCAAAUUUUACUUUUUAGGUUCAUUCAAUUAAUGAUGUAUGUGGUUCAUA